AUGCCUUAUGUGGAUCGGCAGAACCGAAUCUGUGGGUUUCUGGACAUCGAGGAGAAUGAGAACAGUGGCAAGUUUCUGCGGAGGUACUUUAUUCUGGACACCCAGGCCAACUGCCUUCUCUGGUACAUGGACAACCCCCAGAACCUGGCAGUUGGGGCAGGAGCUGUUGGAUCUUUGCAGCUGACCUAUAUCUCAAAGGUGAGCAUAGCUACCCCAAAGCAGAAACCAAAAACUCCGUUUUGCUUUGUCAUCAAUGCCCUCUCUCAGAGGUAUUUUCUUCAAGCCAAUGACCAGAAAGAUCUGAAGGACUGGGUUGAAGCCCUGAACCACGCCAGCAAAAUCACUGUACCCAAAAUUGGGAGCCUGCCCCUGACGACCGAAGUUCUCAAAAGCCUAGCAGUUCCUCCGGCCUUAGAGAAGAAGCCGCAGGUGGCCUACAAGACAGAGAUCAUCGGAGGGGUGGUGGUAUACACGCCCAUCAACCAGAAUGGUGGGGAUGGGCAGGAAGGGAGUGAGCCAGGGUCCCACGCCAUUCUUCGAAGGUCCCAGAGUUAUGUCCCAACGACAGGCUGCCGUGUUCCCACUGGGCCUCCCCUCAUUAAGAGCGGCUACUGCGUGAAGCAAGGGAACGUGCGGAAGAGCUGGAAACGUCGCUUCUUUGCACUCGAUGACUUUACUAUCUGCUACUUCAAGUGUGAGCAGGACCGAGAACCACUGCGUACUAUAUUUCUCAAGGAUGUUCUCAAGACCCAUGAAUGUCUGGUCAAGUCUGGUGAUCUCUUGAUGAGGGACAACUUGUUUGAAAUAAUAACAAGCUCCAGGACUUUCUAUAUACAGGCGGAUAGUCCAGAAGACAUGCACAGCUGGAUUAAGGAGAUCGGGGCAGCUGUCCAGGCCCUCAAGUGCCACCCCAGAGAAAUGUCCUUUUCUAGAUCCAUUUCUUUGACCCGCGCUGGAAGCUCCAGCCUUUCAGGUGGGCCCAACUCUGUCUUGGGCAGAGGGCGGCUACCUGCGGAAGAGAAAAAAGUCCUCUGCAAAGCUCCCUCUGUGGCCUCUUCCUGGCAACCCUGGACACCUGUCCCCCAGGCUGGGGAAAAGCUGCUUCCAACUGAAGAGACUCCUGAGGACUCUUUGUUCACGCCUCGACUUGGGGAGAGCAAUGCUGGUGGGGUGUUGCCUAGCUCCCGCAUAAGGCACAGAUCGGAGCCCCAGCACCCCAAGGAGAAACCAUUUAUGUUCAACCUGGAUGAUGAGAACAUACGGACCUCUGAUGUGUGAUGAGCCAUAGGUGCCCAGGGAGGGAGGGGGGAGGACUCAAGAGAAGGAGGCCAUGACUCAGUUUCUAUACCUGUUGGAGACAGUCAGAGGUCUUUAUGCCACUCGUGUUCCUGUGGAUGCUUUGUCAGAGGGGCCCAUCCAGCUGGCUUUAAAAAAAUACAUCAAUGCAGCGUAUUUAAUUUGGGAAAAUCACUAGGCUGGACCUGUGGGCAUGCUCAGUGGAAAGCAGGUUGCCUUCUGUUUGACUGUUGCGAAGUGGUCCUGGUGAGAGGAGUUUGGGAGUCCAGUUUCAUCGUUAACCCAGUUUUAUUUCCUUGUCAUUGUUUUAGUUUCUUCCCUUUGUUUUUAGGCCAGGCAUAGAAUCUUAAGCCAGUCAUCUGGUUUUAUUCUAUUCUUGAUUAUUGGCUGAUGUUGGACUGUGAAGUAGGAGGGUGAUAACUAACCCAGCUGAAAGGAGGGAGAGAUGGUGGAAGAUGCAGGCUCUGGUUUGACUGGAUACAUUCUGAGGAGGUGUUAAAAUUGAGGGGCUGGCAGAGGCCCUCAGAAUAUCUACCAGGGCAAAUCCCCGCCAGGGGACCUCCAUAGGGGGAGAAAUAGGGACCUCUUAUGAGGUUUAGGGAAUGAUUCUACCCCAGCACAUCAGCCAGUUUUGGGAAUGACUCUGCUCUCAUUUAGUUGUUCUUUGACCUCAAAUACUGUCAGUGUGAGUGAUAGACCUGCCUAUCCGGUUUCUGUGUCCAGCUCCAAGGAUGAGUUUAUCAGUGUUAAAUGUUAUGACUAUUGAGAACAGAUAUGGUGUUAGUUGGAAUGUGUAGAAGGUCGAUAAGUGUAUGGUAAUUCACUUGUGUGAUAGAUUGGAUCUCUGUUUUAGAGUUUUAGAUUUGGUUUGAAGCAGGUACUGGGCAAGAGAUGGAUUGUAGUUCAUCUAGCUAAGUUUUGUUGAUCCAUGUUUUCUAGACAGAAGGAAAGGUCUGUUUUAGUAAAGACAGAUUAUCUUGAAUUCUCGCCUCACAGCUCUUUUUUAACGGGCCAAUAUUAGUCUUAACUUUCAGUGAUGUAUAUUGUAUACCCUGAUAUAUUUGCUUUCUUUCUAUUCUUUGUGUUGUUCUUUGAAUGAAGCAUUGUGUACUUGCAUGAUCUGACAUUGUAAUCUGAUCAGGUUCCAUGUACUUAUGAGUGGAGAUAUUCAAAGAUAAUCUUGAGACAUAUUUAUAUUUUUAAUAAAAUCAACUGCAUAGAAACCUUGGUUUAGAGGCUAUGCAUUGCUGAUUAGAGAUUUAGAGAUUUCCCAGGUAGAAGAGCAUAGAUUUCAUUUCCCACCCCAAUUUUAGGGUGUACCUUCUUCCAUUUGGCAAGGAGAUACUAUUUCUGGGGUCCCUGGAAGGAUUUGUCUAUCCAGCCUAUGUGGUGAACUACCAUCAGGAACUUAUCAGGAUUCCCUAAAGGGAGAGAAAACUUAAUUCAUUUCUGUCUAUAACUUUUAUAAAUUAAUGAUAUCUUUAAAUUAAAAAAUAAAGAGUAGAGGAAGAGGCUCAGAGAACCAUUUUUACCUAAGUGAACCCCUUUCUCUCAUUAUGUCCAAAUCUAAUGCAGAGGCAAAAACAUGUGAUUAGAAAAUCCUAGUGGCUUGGGGGAAAUCCUGUUUCUUUCAGGCAAUGUUUCCUUGAAGCCUGUCAUGUUGAAAACUUUUCUUGACUGCAUUUCAUUGCAGCUAUCCUUCACUUAAAUCGUUUGGUCCAGGUAGAAAAAAGGAAAUCUGCUGGAUCUCUCUCUUUUUUCUCUUUUCUGCAGACUCUUGUGCUUUUGUCCUCAGAAAUCCUUAGUUUGGGAAUUCUUUCUUUAUGAGUGGUUGAGAUUACAACAUACUUCAAGUAGCCUGUUUUGAAGAAGUCAUUCCAAAUACUUAUAAAGCGCCUUAUCUCUGGUUUCAUCUUCUAGCUUUACUCAAGAAAAUUAUUUGGCUAGGUCAAGGAAAGUGUGCAGUAAGUGAUAUUGAAUUGAUAGAAAUAAAUUAGGGACUUUUGAGGUCUCUUUAACAUUCCCUAACUCAUGGAAAGUUGUCAUCUUUUGCUUUGUAAAUUAUAAAAAUGUACCCAUUUAUCUCUCUUUAAAAAUAAACUCUCUGCCAGAUUACUACUGCUAAAUUAAUUGGUCAUUAUAGUAAGCUGAUAUGUUUCUUAUUCAGGAAGAUCUAUUUUGAGAAUGUUAAACAUACUUAUAAAUCCAGAUUGUAUUAUCAUGACAGAGAGAAAACAGGGACUCUAGUUGGCAGAUAGUUGGGAAUUCCAAGCUAGGACAUUGUUAAUGUAGUUUCAGUACUAGAUAAAUAUUAUGCUCUUCAAUGAAGCCUGAAAACAUUCUCAUACCCAAACCUUACUUCAGAAUUUCUUUUGUCUCCCUAUUAUUUACCUUCUGGCCAAUUUCAUAUCACAGCCUUUUAAUGUCACUACACAUGUGAGCCAAAGAUGGUGCAUGUAUGACCAAAGAAUUUAGUUUUAAAUGUUUAAAAUGGAACCAAAUGGAAAAAAUAGGGUGGGGAUACUGUAUAGGUUAGUAGUUAAGUGCAUAGACUCUGGAAUAAAUCUGAGGAUUUCUCUGAGUUGUGCUGUUUUCAUAAGACUUAUGAAGGAGUCUUGACCCACUGUGUGUAGCAGUAUUUCAGGUGGGCUUCCCUAUCCACUAUUCUUGAAAGCUUAAGGAUUUACUUACUCGAGGUCAGUUGAUGACUGGCAAACAUAGUUGGGCCUUUGGCAUUCUGUGAGACAUCAUAAACCUAAAUCAAGUAGAGUGACCUCAGGUCAAAAUAUUGGAAUUACACAUCUUUUUCUGAAUAGAAUGCUGAACUCCCAUGAGAAAGAGUAGAUUUAAGGUCCAACUUGAAGCAAAAGGGUUUUUUUUUUCUUCCUGAAUAUAACUUGUAUAUGCAAAAAGGAUCCAAUAAAUAUAUAGCAGUUUCAGUAGUUGAGCGGUGGGAUUUGAUAUUUGUUUUCACUGUUAACCAGAUAAACAGGCAUCUGAAUGUAACGGUAUUUUGGAAAUGGAGUUUCUCAAAUCAGCUUUGUUUAUAAACUUUGAACAUGUUAGAAAUGGACAGGUUUAUUAAACCUUUUCUACCAACACCAUUUUUUCCCCUUAUUCCCUUUUCUCUCUGUGUUAUCGCCUGCGGCAGUCAAUUACAGUCACUUAUGCUAGGAAGAGUUUGAACUGUUUGAUCCCUUUCCCCACUGCUUAUGAAGAUGUGGCAUGAUUUUGUGUUUUGAACCAGUAUGUUUCAGCUGUGAAAUGCACUCGCUGUAAGCGCUGAGCUGAGCGCAUGGAAACAUGCUUCUCAUUUUAUCUGAUCUCUUAAUUGGUAUGUAGCAAAAAAUAAUUUUCUAAAACUGUUUUGUUGCUUGUUUUGUAAUAAAACCAUGUGGAACACUGAAA